CAGUCCUACCUCCUGCUGUGCUUUUAAGAGAUUGCUCCACCUCCUCUUCCAUGCAUUUUUGUCAGCUAGGGGAAGGGAAGAGCAAGCCAGCUCAGUAAGAUUUAGAACUGACUGUCAGUAUUUCAGGGAGGAGGGUACUAGAAGUUAUAUAUCUCACCUGUGAUGCACUAGGCUGGAGACCAGUGGAAGUUUUUCUUCCUUUUUUAUGUCUCUGAAGUCUUUCCUGUUGCUGUGGUUCCUGUGAGUAGAAUGAAGGUGACUGCAUAAAACAGCCCAGGCAGCUCUCCUUUGGACUUUGCUUUACCUUUGAAGUUAUUUGCUAUAGGAAAAUGUCCUGGAGACAAUGCACUAGGUUUGUUUUAAUAUGGAUGCUGGCCUUGCAGGGUAUUCACUUUGGGAAAAGUUACAAAGAAAAAGAACACAGUUAUAAUAGUGGAGGAAGUGCUGAUACUGCAGCCCAGAAGCAUCACACCAAAGAUCAAGCUACAACAUUAAGUAUCUUCAACAAUAUGAAUCAGAACUCUGAGAACAGAAAGCAACAGAACUCUAGGCCAAUGGUCCCUUUCACAGGACUUACAGAAAGUAAAACACUUAACCGGCAUUGCUGUCAAAAUGGAGGGACCUGUAUCCUGGGCAGCUUUUGUGCAUGCCCCAAACACUUCAUUGGCAGAUACUGUGAGUGGGAUGAACGGGAAAGCAACUGUGGCCCAUAUGCACAUGGUGAAUGGAUACAAAAAGGUUGCCAGCUGUGUCGAUGUGGUUAUGGAGUUCUGCACUGUCUAGCUGAAAAAACACAAAACUGCGAUGUAAGAGAAGAGGAAUUUAUUCAUUUGCGUUCAAAUUGCCAAGGAUUACACGAAACAAUAUGCUUUGUUCUGAUCCUUGUGAGCUGCUUCUUCACAUUCUUUUGCAUCAAGCUCUUCUAUCAAAUAUGAGACUCUGCUUAAUAAGUCUGGGACUCCUACAAUGAUGAAACUUGAUUACCUGUUUAACAGGAUAUUUUUAGAGUUCUAAAAAUUGCAGUGCAUGUCUUUUUGAUAGAUCCUGGCUUUAAUCUUGCAGCAAAUUCAGAUUUAACUACUUCACUUCUGAUGUAUUCAUGUAGCCAUCUAAAGACAAGAGUGGAUGAAGAAACAAAUGCGGCAGAUAGCUGAAAAUGACUGACUUCCUCAGAAUAUGCUGUCAUGCUGGUAGAAGAGUUGCAACUGUACUUUGUAAGGAGUAUGGGUUACAUUUGAAAAGGAUAUAGUGUUUCAGCAGGAUGGCAUUCAUAUUUUUUCUGGACCUUAGAAUCACAGUGACUGUUUCACACCAGUUCUCUUGGAAUACACAGAAAUAUUUAUUUCCUAUAAAGUCUGGCUCCUCACUGAGACUCAGGAUGGAUAUAAGAUUCUGGAACUGUCAGUAGUAAAGUUAUGUUUUACAGAGUUAAGGUUUCUUUCAGGGUAGUCCCAGGAUUAAACCACUAGUAAAGUGUUAGUGUGAAUCGAGCCAGUGUUAGUAAACUUAAGACUUUUGUUGUUGCAUGAAUGUUAAUUAAUUCUGUUUGAAUAUGAUUUAAGCAGUUCUUUUAAGUAUUCUCUUCCAGUGGAAGAAAGAAAAGUAGGCUCUUUGGCUUAAAUAUUGUAAGCAGGCAAUACUACUAUAUACUCAGAAAUAUUUUUAGAGAGAAUAUUAUAUAUUUAUUAGUAGUGCUCUUCAUUCAUUAAGGUGUUAACAUUUCUCAAGAUAACAAGAAGGAAGGAGGUUUGUUAACGGAGACAUAUAUUAAUUAGGACAUUGUGCAUUCAGACAACAGCUAAGUGCUGCUGUAAUCACUGGAACCUGGCAGGUAGAUAAACAUAUCUAGGUUGUCAUGCACAGAUUUAAUUCAUAUGCUAAAAUCUUGGCAUGGAUUUACAAACCAUAUGUUUUGAACCUGCACUCUAGUCUCCACGUUGGCCUGCUUUGAGCUUCUUAGACAUACAUGUUUCCAUCUCCUAUCAUAUAGAUCAUUUUUGUAUAAAGAAAAUAAUAAAUACUACAUUUCUGCAA